CGGUGCAAGAUAAACACAUUCAUUAAAAUUAGUAUUUGGUCAUCAAAACUUCUGGAUUUCUUCUCUCGAUGUAAACAAAUGGAUCGUGGACUUAAACGAACGGAACUACAAGACCACAAGAUCACCCUAGACUCAAGAUCAAGACACAUGCGCGACCCGAAGCUUAAAUUCUGUUAACUUCUAUUACCUAGAUUUUGUGUUGUUGCCUUCUGCUUUCCGAUAAAUCUGCUUCCAAGUUACAAGUGUCUGGUCCCUAAGUGACGCUGCCUGCUAUCCUAGCUGCAGCUGAGAGCUUUUUAUUGCAGUCUCAUAUUUAGCUUGGAAAGGUCUUGAAGUGGCUUCACAAUUUCCUUCAACUCGGGAGUGAUGGCGUCAGCAGCAGAGAAAGAAAAGAUAGCAAUUGUCGGCAGCGGACUUAUUGGUCAGUCUUGGUCAAUGAUAUUUGCCGGGAGUGGACACAAAGUGGCCAUCUUUGACAUAUAUCCUGAGCAGGUGUCCAAAGCCCUGGACAACAUCCGCAGUACGCUGACCGGCUACGAGGCCCAGGGCUGUCUGCGGGGCGAGCUCAGCGCCACUCAACAGGCCGAGCUCAUCUCUGGCUCCAGCAGUCUCGAGGACUGUUUGCGAGGAGCUCAGUACGUACAGGAGUGUGUGCCGGAGUCUGUGGAUCUGAAGCGCGGAGUGUUUGAGCAGAUGGACGAGUUUAUCACGGAAGACAUGGUGGUGGCCACGUCUAGCAGCUGUCUGGCCGUGUCGCAGUUUGCCAGCGGACUCAGGAACAAACAGCGCACGCUUGUGGCGCACCCGGUGAACCCCCCAUACUUCAUCCCCCUGGUCGAGAUCGUCCCGGGCCCGUGGACUUUGCCAGAGGUCACCGCCAAAACCAGGUCGCUCCUUGAGAGCGUGGGUCAGUCUCCGGUCACCCUCAGCAAGGAAGUCGCUGGCUUUGCCCUCAAUAGAAUCCAGUACUCCAUCAUCAACGAGUGUUGGAGCAUGUUCAAGGAGGGUCUACUCAGUGCCGCAGACAUCGACAAAGUGAUGGUGAACGGCCUGGGUCCUCGCUACGCCUUCAUCGGACCUCUGGAGACCAUGCACCUCAAUGCUGACGGCAUAGUGGACUAUUGUAAGCGCUACGGCCAGGGAGCGUACAACGUGUGUGCCACGCUCACCCCUCCCCCCGUCCUGUAUGACGUGCCCACAGCCCAGCGAGUCCUCCAAGAACUGGAGCAGGUUAUUCCCCUUGACCAAGUCGCCGAAAGACGGAGAUGGCGAGACCACCGUUUAGCGUCGUUGGCGUCCUUGAAGAAUAAGUUGAAAGAAAAGACGGACUAACUUUCCAGGGGCCACUGACAAAUAGCCUAUGAUGAGGAUGGGAAAUGGUAGCAUUUCUUUCACCAGGUUAUUUUGCCAAAUGCUUGAGAACAGAGACGAACCAAGCAGUUGCAGACCAUAAAUCUACACGUUUUCGAAGAGUAAAAGAAUGUAAUUAUAGGAAGGAGAGCUCAUUUUGUGAAGGAGUUGUGCAUUUACAGAUUGAAAAAUUGUGAACACGUAUUUUUUCGUUAUGUUGAAUCAGUCUUACCUAAGGCGAGAUAGUGUCAUAAUUUAUUUCAUGCCAGAUGUAUGUUUACCUACGUAAUUGUGAACACAUUUCAUUAUGUUGAAUCAUUAUGACCUCACGCGAGAUUAUGUAACAAUUUGUUGCAUGCCAGAUGUGUGUUUACUUGUGUAAUUGUGAACACAUUUCGUAAUGUUGAAUAUAAUGUCUUACCUCGGGCGAGAUGGUGUAAUAAAAAUGUUAUCAAGUCA